UGAUGACCCCCUGAAGCCUAAGUCUACAAUGACAUAACAUAAGGCUAUAAGGCUGUAAGUAUAACUGUGUUGUAUGCUGUGACGUAAGGUUGUUAAGCAUAAGAAAUGAAAAUGAUUCAUUUAAAUAGGUUCUUACUUAUGUUAUGUCAUUGUAGACUAGGCUUGAGGCAGCCCUCAUGCGUUCUCAUGCGCUGCGCGGUAUAGUAGGGGAAAUUGUUUUCAUGCGCGUAUAAAUUGCGCAUGGAGUGAAACGGAACGACCUCAUGCAUUCUCUAUCGCGCAUCGUGCGUGCAACGGAACGCACUCAAAGUAGAUCACGUGACCAAAAGUGACCAUUUAAAUUACAUUAUUCCGUAUCAGCUUUGAUCACAUGAUCCAUUUUGUCGCUAAGAACGAAUGAGGAGCGACGCAGAAAUGUAUCUUAAACUACUACGUAUCUUAAACUAUACUACGCGUACUGCGUUGUAAGUUAUGAAUGUCAUAAUCGUUUGCUAUUACUGCUGGCUGGUAUGUAAGAAUGUAGCACUUCAAAAUGGCUGCCAGUUAGUCUAGUAAUUUACGGCCAUGUCUACCUUUGUGUCGCGCGUGUAAAUCGCGACUUCUCUCGCGACACCGCGGAAUCCAAAGUCGACCGAUGGAGCAAUAGUACGUGCAUGUGAGCGAUCGUUCACACAAGCACAUACGCCAACUGAUGCUCACAGUUCAUAUUUGUCAGAUUAAAGCUAGGUCCCAGAGGGCCUAGCAUGGGCCACUAUGAAUCCACCUGCUGCCGGCAAAUCAAGCACUCGUGGCUCUGGAUACCAUCAAAAGGCUUUAGCUGAGAUUCGCAACUCGUUACUACCAUUCGCAAAUAUCGGUGGAGCUGGCGAGGUGGGUUCCAGCGCCGCUAGCACUAUUUCUACUGUAUCUACGACCAGUGGCAUUAGUUCUGCCUCAGGUCUCAGUGGACUCUCGGGUGCUUCUGGUUCCACUACUGACAAAUCAGAUCAACGUCAAGUAUUGGGACAAUUAUUAGCAAUGGGAUAUUCAGAGGAAAUAGGAUUGCGAGCCCUGAAAUUCGCGGGAUGGCGAUUGGAUGCAGCGAUAGAAUAUUUGAAGCAAGCUCAAGGAGAAUCUCUGAACGGACUCGGUAAACUUAAUACUAAACUUAUCAGGAAGCCGAGUCUUGAAAGGGAGUUGAACCUACAACGUGGCAGUCCUGCAUUAGAUAGCGGAGCAGGUAGUUCGCGAUCCGACAGUCCACGCCUGGAACUUAGCACACAUCCGCAGUUGAGCCGUCAAUACUCGCCCAGUAACUUCGUGGAUCGAGAACCACCGCCGCCGCCACCACCUCGAUGCAGCUCCACGCCGCCGCCACCACCACCACCUCAUGCACCAUAUAAUCAGCCCAAUGUACCUACCAACAUGCAGCAAAUGCUCAAACGAAUGUCACCUGCACCGGUCGUGCCAACGAGAUCGACAGCGACGGCGCCCGUUACAGCUGGUGCUACAUCGACGUCAGUAAACCCGCCACAACGCGGUACUAGUCCGGUGGCAAAUGCCAAUAACUCUAAUAGUCGUCAACCGAUGAUUGUGCAAAAUAGUCCGCAGGUACAACAGCAACUAACACAACAAAUGCAAGCUCUCAGUAUUUAUCAAACGAGCAAUAAUAACACAAGUACCCAGGUGGAACCUCCACCACCAUAUCCCAUAGUUCCGUCCUCAUCCGCCGGUCAAUCGGUGCAGCCGCCUUCUUACAGUGUUUCUAUGCAAAAUCGACAAAGUCCUACGCAAUCACAGCAGGAUUAUCGUAAAAGUCCGUCAUCGGGUAUUUACUCAGGUCCAACAUCCGCUGGUACGCCCAGUCCUAUUACUGUAUCUACGAUAUCACCCAACAGUACACAAACAUCGAUGGCGCGACCAACACCGUUGCAAGCAUGGGGUGCACGACAGGCCAAAACACAACCACCAAUCAUCAUGCAAUCAGUGAAAAGUACACAAGUGCAGAAACCAGUAUUGCAGACUGCAAUUGCUCCCACAGCGCCACAGUCAAUCUCUACUAGUAACACGCCUCCACCACCUUCUUAUGCAUCAUCCAUUCAACAAAAGCAACCGCCGCCCGCUUAUCCACCUGUGAAUAAUGUGAACAAUGUGCCGUCGCCUGCUAGUAUACCAACGACGGAACCACCGAGUUAUGCCACAACGAUGCAAGCAUUAGCAGCGCAGCGCGGUAUACAUCAUCCAUUACCACCGCCACCUUAUAGUACUCCCACUGAAGACGGUGCAAUUAUUUCCUCCACAGUGGAAAGUGGUAAUGCACCACGAACUUCCCCCGUUGCCCAUCCGCCACUUCAACGAAAAUAUUCACCAGCUGAACAUACAAUAGAAGCACCACCCUUACCGCCGGUUGCCUCGACUUCUGUGUCUGCAAGAAAUAACAACAAUAACCAUUCGUCUCUACCCGAGAGCAAUACUGUUGGUACCAAGAGUGGUAGUAACACCAAAGGCGAUGGUAGUGCUGGGACACCUUCAUCUUACAAAAUUAAACAUCAAUCUCCCAUACCCGAACGCAAAACUAUGAGUAUAGAAAAGGAAGAGGAACGUAGAGAUUGCAAAGUGAGAAAUUAUUCUCCCCAAGCUUUUAAAUUCUUCAUGGAACAGCACAUAGAAAACAUACUCAAAUCACAUAAGCAACGCCUUUAUCGACGUAUGCAAUUAGAAACGGAGAUGGCAAAGAUUGGCUUGAGUGCAGAGGCACAGUGUAUGAUGAGAAAGAUGCUAUCACAGAAAGAAUCUAAUUAUAUUAGAUUAAAGCGAGCAAAAAUGGACAAAUCAAUGUUUACGAAAAUCAAACCAAUUGGUGUUGGUGCAUUCGGCGAAGUCACGCUCGUAAGAAAACUCGACACAAAUCAAUUUUACGCGAUGAAGACUCUACGCAAAGCUGACGUGCUGAAUCGCAAUCAAGUCGCUCAUGUGAAAGCCGAGCGUGAUAUAUUAGCAGAAGCCGACAAUGAAUGGGUAGUUAAGCUCUAUUACUCAUUCCAGGAUAAGGAUAAUUUAUAUUUUGUAAUGGAUUACAUACCUGGUGGAGAUUUGAUGUCAUUAUUGAUUAAACUCGGCAUCUUCAAAGAACCAUUAGCAAGAUUCUAUAUCGCCGAACUUACAUGCGCAGUUGAGAGUGUUCAUAAAAUGGGAUUUAUUCAUAGAGAUAUUAAGCCAGAUAAUAUUCUAAUUGAUCGCGAUGGACAUAUCAAAUUGACUGAUUUUGGUCUUUGCACGGGAUUCCGUUGGACACAUAAUUCUAAAUAUUAUCAACAAAAUGGGCAUGGUAAACAAGAUUCAAUGGAUCCAGCUGAUGAUUGGAACAACGAAUGUCAAUGCAUACAAUUAAAACCAUUAGAACGUAGAAGACACAGGGAACACCAGAGAUGUUUGGCUCAUUCUCUCGUUGGUACACCGAACUAUAUUGCGCCGGAAGUUUUACAACGUACAGGAUAUACACAGUUAUGUGAUUGGUGGAGUGUAGGAGUAAUUUUAUACGAAAUGUUAAUUGGUUCUCCUCCAUUUCUUGCCAAUACACCUGCUGAAACUCAAUAUAAGGUCAUUAAUUGGGAGACAACGCUUCAUAUACCGAAACAAGCAAAUCUUUCGCCGGAAAGUAUGGAUUUAAUUUUGAAACUUUGCGUUGGUGCAGAUCGUCGUUUGGGUAAAAACGCAAAUGAAGUUAAAAGUCAUCCGUUUUUCGCAAGUAUUGAUUUUGAAAAGGGAUUACGGCGUCAAAUGGCUCCGCAUGUACCCCGCAUAGAAUAUCCAACUGAUACGAGCAAUUUUGAUCCUGUGGAUCCCGAUAAGCUGCGCAAUUCUGAAUCAUCAGAUUCAAAUAAAUCGGAUGAAUUGCUGGAUAAUGGAAAACCGUUUCAUGGUUUUUUCGAAUUUACAUUCAGACGAUUUUUCGACGAUGGUGGUGGUCCCGCAUAUCCUAAUCGAAUUAGUUUGGACGACAAUGAUAAUCAAGACAUGUGCAAAUGGCAAUCAUUGUAGCGGCAAUAUACAUUAGUAUAUGUCUAUCAGAAUAUACAGCGUGCACCCGGUGGAAAGUUGACGGAUUAGCGUCAAAACGACUUGAAAUAUGGAAAAAAA